GAGAUUACUUACAAACAGAGCCACAGCUCCCGCAAGUGCUGCCUGCUACGCUUCUGAGUGCCGACCACAAAGCUGCCUCUCCUGGCCCCGCCUCUGUCUUUCUGCAAGCCAAUCCCCGCGCGGAAAUUCGGUAGCUUGACCAAUCAGAGUAAGUCCCGCCCCUGGGCCAGAUCUUGCCAAUCAAAACGGCACUUAGGUUCCCGCCUCGGCAGGAACACCCCGCCCACUCCCCGCAAACCCUCCGCUUGCUGCGGCGCCUGAGGCUCCGGACCAAUCAAUGAAGGCUGCGCCCGCUCACGCGCUUCUUGCCAAUCGGGACGCGGCUCGUGCUGCAAUCUCUUCCGGAGACAGUCCUUUGGCAGCCCCAACCUCCCCUCCGCCGCGCCUUCUCUGUCACGUGAUCGCUAAAGGGGCGGGCACGAGUUGCGAGUCCUACCACGUGACAUGUGAAAGGUUGUGAGCUGCGGCCGCCAUUUUGUGGGGUUGCGGAGGCGCCUUUUACGUCCUGGCUUCAUUCUCUACCCCAACGGUAUCGUGGCUCCCAGCGCUCUCCGAUUUCUGAGCCUUCCCCAGCCCGCAAGACUUUGUUUUUUUGCGCUCUGAUUCUAGGACAUUCUCCACAAGUAGGCUCUUUUUCCUGCCAGGUGUCCUUUUGACCUCUUGACGUCUGGCUCAAAGGUCAGCUCCAAGUUUCUGAACUCGGGCCUGCAGUGUGAGGGGUUACAGAGCGUGAAUAACCCAGUCUUCAGCCCUGGGCUUCUAAAUCCCACGGCUUAGGCGCCUCACCCCAGGUCUGAGCCUUCAUAUCCCAAAAUUGAUCCUGAAGUUUCCAAAUCUAGUCCCGGAUUAGUUAACUCCUACUAAAUCGCCCUCCUUGAGCCUUGCAACCCAACCGGAUAGCACAAAUCUAGCUCCGGAUUAAAGGACCCUGCCCUGUUAACCCUCAGAUCCCUCCUGAUUUGAGUCAGCCUCCUCCCUGCUCCCAUGGUUCCAAAUUUUACCAUGGUUCUUUCAAUGAUGGCUCGGCCACUAAAUUCUGGGACUCAGCUCUAAAACCUUCAGAAUCUCCAUCCCUGAGACCAACUCAUUUUGGAGGAUCGUUCUCUCUCCCAUUCUUGACUUCCAGCCUAUGCCAUAGACUCUCAAAUGAUUUCUCCGUGUUCUCCUCCCCUAGAGCCACCAGCCCCUCCUCCAAGACCCCCUGCACCCCAGGCCCCCAUCAUUCCACCUCCUCCGCUACCCCCACAUCUCCCCGACUUAGCUUUUCCACCCCCUUCCUUGAGUCUUGAGGCCCCUAUUCCCCCACCACCCCCACUGCCACCUCCACCCCCUGCCACAGGGGUUGCUCCCCCUCAUGUCUACGGCCUGGAGAAGAGCCGGCUCCUGAAGGAGGCCUUGGAGAAGGCUGGCCCAGUCCCCAGGAGCAGAGAGGAUGUGAAGAGGCUGCUGAAGCUGCACAAGGAGCGUUUCAGGAGUGACCUGCGGUGGAUCCUCUUCUGUGCGGAGCUGCCCUCCCUCAUCCAAGAAGGCCCUCAGUGUGGGCUGGUGGCCUUGUGGAUGGCAGGCACUCUCCUGGCGCCCCCCAGCGGUGUCCCCCUGGAGAGACUCGUGCACAUGGCUGUGGAGAGAGGCUACACGGCCCAGGGAGAGAUGUUCUCUGUGGCCAACGUGGGCAGGCUGGCCCGGGAGGCGCUGGGCUGCCAGGCUGAGCUGCUUUCUGGAGGCCUGGGCGGUCCCAACAGAGACCGUGUCCUGCAGCACCUUGUCGCUGGAAAUCCCUUGCUCAUCCCCUACGAUGAGGACUUCAACCACGAGCCGUGUCAGAGAAAGGGCUACAAGGCCCACUGGGCAGUGAGCGCAGGGGUCCUGCUGGGCGUGCAGCAUGUGCCAAGUCUCGGCUAUGCCGAGGACCCCGAGCUGCCAGGCCUGUUCCACCCAGUGCCUCACACGCCCCGCCAGCCACCAUCCCUGCCGGAGGAAGACUCGCCAGGAGUCGUCUACCUUCUCUCCAAGCAGGGCAAGAGUUGGCACUACCAGCUGUGGGACUACGACCAAGUCCGGGAUAGCAACCUGCAGCUGACGGACUUCUCGCCCUCGAGGGCCGCUGAUGGCCGGGAGUAUGUGGUGCCUGCUGGUGGGGUGCGGGCCGGCCUCUGUGGACAGGCCCUGCUCCUCAGACCACAGGACUCUAGCCACUAGCCUGCUGCGGCCCUGAGCUGUGGGACUGGGUCUGGGCCACAGCCUGGCUCUGUCACCAUUUGAAAAACGCCCCCGUUUCUCCUUUUGUGCAACAGCCCAAGGGUUUGGGUUGGAUCUCUGAGGACCUCCAGCCAGAGGUCUUUCAUGCAGGGUCCACCCCAGUGCAUCCAGUCCCAAUCCUGGGUAUUGUCCCAACUCCUCUGCCCCCAAGCCCAUCCCCCCAGUAUUGAGCACCUACUCUGUGGGCCGGGGUUAGAACCAGAAGCCUCAUAGACAAGCUCCCUCUCUCCAGGGGAGACUGACAGCAGCUCAGACCCAAUGUCCUAUCCAUUCUACGUGAAUGUUGCAUCCAUUGAAUUCUCACUGGUGACCACCUUCUAACCACUGUCCUGUCUCUGGACAUCUGCAAGAGCCUCGCCACUGGACCCUCUGCUGCCUCACGUCUGUUCACAUGGAGCCAGGCCUGAUGGAGGGGAAAAAAAAAAAACGCAAACCAGGUCUUCCCACUCUCCACCAGAGAAGCUUCUAGCAGCUCCUUCUUGCUCACAGGAUAGGGAUUAACCUCUCCCGGCCUCAGCUCAUCUGUCCUUAUCCUGGGCUGUUCUUUCUCACACUUUCUGCAGCCAGCCAUACUCGCCUUCCAGGUCCCUGUCGUACUCCACUGCAGCCCUCUGCUGACUCCUUCACUGCUCCAUCUUGGCUCAUUGUCGCUUCCUUAGGAAAGAUUCCCUCAGCUCCAGGUUAGGCCCCUCUCCCACCUCUGUUCUGAUUUUUUUGAAAAAAAUCAAAUUCCUCUGAGAACAGUUACAUGUGGCAACCUCUUUACCCAUGUUAACCCAUGAAAUCCUCCAGUCCUAUAAGGAAGGUACUAGAUCCUCCCCACUUUCCAGGUGGAGAGACUGAGGCCUGGAGGGGUGUAGCUACUGGCCUGAGGUCACGUGGCUUGCCAAGUGGCAGGGUCAGGGCUCAACCAGGCAGUUAGUACCCACUCAGAUGUGUAUACAUAUAUGUAUAGAGAGAGAUUAUUAGUCUAAUGAAUACCUGUUGCCUCUCCUCUGAAAGGGGAAGAGCAAAUCUGUCUUGGUCACUGCUGUGUCCCCAGUGCCCAGCAAAGAGUCUUAUCCAGAGAAACUGUACAGUGGAGUGUUUCAAACCAGAAGUGGGGCGUCCUCCAUCCCAGCCCUGACGAUGGUUGCCACAUUCUGUCUGGUGCACUGUCCUGGGAACCCUUGAGGGCAGGGCUUAGAGCUGUCUUGGUCACCACUGCGCCCCCUGCAUUGUCCAGCACAGAGCCAGGCACAAGAGUAGCAGCUCAGCGACCACCGGUGACUGGACCAGCCCACGCAGAGCCUGCCUCUACCCCAAACUGAUCGUCGUCCCAUUACCUCACCCAGCACUGAUGCUCAGAUCAGGAGCUUUGAGCCCACACACUCCGAUGCAAAAGAAAAACUCCACAAACUUGAACUCUGAAUGUCCCAUUUAUUGGGGGGCUGUCAUGGGGGGCAAGGCAGUGAGGCGAUUCUGCCUCCUGUUCCCGACGCUGCCCCACCUAACAACUACUCGCUUUUGUAUAAAUAAGUAUAAAGGUCAGUGGAAAAGGAGCAUGCUGCAGCCCUGGGA